UUUUGUUUCUUUUUUUUUUGUUCCCAUUCGGAAUUUAAACUAAAAAAAAAAGGGACAAAACAAAAAGAAAGUGGAGAGACCAAAGAUCAAGUUGGAGGGACAACGACGCCGACACAGAGUCACACGAUGAACUCCAUAUUUUCAAGAUCUCGAGCUCUUAUGAGAUCUCGAUUCUCCGACAUCAAAAUUCACCGGACGGUGACCGGUAAAUGCCACGUGGCAACAUAUACUCUCAUCCUCUUCCUCUUCGUCACCGCCCUUGCCGUCUCCUCCUCUCUGUGGCUUAACUCGAAUCUUUCGAACCGCACCAUGACAAUAGCAACCGAGACCAACCGAAACCCACCCCAAGAAACCGAAACCCUAAUAAAUUGCACAAGUUUUUUGCACCUAAACCGGACACAAACCGGUGGAUUCUGCCCUAAACCGGCACGAACCGGGAAUUCCCAAACGGAAUCUCACCGGACAUGUCCGGAUUACUUCAAGUGGAUCCACGAAGACCUGAAGCCGUGGCGAGAGACGGGUAUAACGAGAGAAACGGUGGAGAGGGCAAAAACGACAGCACAUUUCAGGCUGGUGAUCGUAAACGGCAGGGUGUUUGUGGAGAAGUACAAGAAAUCGAUCCAAACGAGAGACGUGUUCACGAUAUGGGGAAUUCUUCAGCUUCUAAGGAAGUACCCAGGUAAGUUACCUGACAUGGAACUCAUGUUUGACUGCGAUGAUCGACCGGUCAUCAGAUCGGACGGCUACAGAGGAGCGAGAACGAAUCGGACGGUGGAGGAUGGACCUCCGGCUUUGUUCAGAUACUGCGGUGACAGAUGGACGGUGGAUAUUGUGUUUCCGGACUGGUCUUUCUGGGGAUGGGCAGAGAUAAACAUAAGGCCGUGGGAAAUGGUGUUGAGAGAAAUGGAAGAAGGGAAGAAGAAGAAGAAAUGGGGGGAGAGAGAACCUUACGCAUAUUGGAAAGGCAACCCUUUUGUUUCUUCCCCAACGAGACAAGAUCUUCUCACUUGCAAUCUCACUCUUCUACAUGACUGGAACGCAAGAUUGUUCAUCCAGGAUUGGAUACUAGAAGGCCAACGAGGAUUCGAGAAUUCAAAUGUUGCAAAGCAGUGCACCUACAGAUACAAGAUAUACGUAGAAGGGUACGCGUGGUCGGUGAGCGAGAAGUACAUACUGGCAUGCGACUCGGUGACACUGAUGGUGAAGCCUUAUUUCUACGACUUCUUCACGAGAAGCCUGCAGCCUCUCCAACACUAUUGGCCUAUCAAUGAUAACCACAAAUGCAGUUCCAUCAAAUUUGCCGUUGAUUGGCUCAACAACAACUCACAUAAGGCAGAGGAAAUAGGAAGAGCUGCAAGUGAAUUCAUGGAGAGAGAUGUGUCAAUGGAGAAUGUGUAUGAUUACAUGUUCCAUUUACUGAAUGAAUACUCCAAACUUAUCAGAUUCAAACCACAAAUCCCAGAAAACGGAGUCGAAAUCUGCUCGGAAGGAUUCAUCUGCGCAUCGGAAGAAGAUGGAUCCAAGAAGAAAAGAUUCAUGAUGGAAUCUCUUAUCAGUGGACCCCACAACUCAGUUCCAUGCUCCUUGCCAACCCCUUUUGAUUCCAAGACCCUUGGAAGGUUCUAUAGACAGAAACUGAAUCUCAUCAGACAAGUUGAAAAAUGGGAAGAAAUUUAUUGGCGGAGAGCUAAGUAGAUACAACAUGAAUUACAUUUUUUUAAAAGCUUUUUUUUUGUGAUAAUUGAUGUUGGACAACAGAAUUAUAGUUUCAUUUUGUCGGAUCCAUA